AUGGCGCCCUACGUCGAGGAGACUGCCGUAGAGGCAUCACUCUCCGCCCAUACCAAGAGGGCGCCGACAAAUUUGGUCGCCCCGGAGCCCGAGCACUGUCCCGGCCCCGAGUCUGAGCAAGCCGGUCAGGGUGACGCCUGCGCUGGCUGUCCAAACCAACAGAUCUGUGCCACAGCGCCAAAAGGCCCCGAUCCCGACAUUCCUAUAAUCACCGAGCGUCUUUCUCAAAUACGACACAAGAUUUUGGUAUUAUCCGGCAAGGGGGGAGUGGGUAAAUCAACAUUCACAACGCUCUUGGCUCAUGCAUUUGCCGCGAACCCAGAAUCGACCGUCGGUGUCAUGGACACCGACAUAUGCGGCCCAUCCAUCCCCAAAAUGAUGGGCGUCGAAACCGAGACCAUUCACGUGAGCAAUGCCGGAUGGAGUCCUGUAUGGGUGACGGAUAACUUGGGUGCCAUGAGCGUACAAUUUAUGUUGCCCAACCGAGAUGAUGCUGUCAUUUGGCGUGGGCCGAAGAAGAAUGGUCUCAUCAAGCAGUUCCUCAAGGACGUGGACUGGGGCGAGCUUGACUACUUGGUGAUUGAUACACCGCCCGGUACUUCAGAUGAGCACUUGUCCGUCAACGCGUUGUUGAAAGAAUCCGGAGUGGAUGGCGCUGUGAUGGUCACCACUCCGCAGGAAGUGUCGCUCCUGGAUGUUCGCAAAGAGAUCGAUUUUUGUCGCAAAGCGGGUAUCAAGAUUCUCGGUCUGGUCGAGAACAUGUCUGGGUUUGUCUGCCCCAACUGUACACACGAAUCACAGAUCUUUCGCAAGACAACGGGCGGAGGUCGCCGUUUAGCCAAGAAGAUGGGUAUCCCGUUCCUGGGAGCGGUUCCCCUGGACCCAAGGGUGGGAAUGGCUUGCGACUACGGCGAGAGCUUUGUGGAUAACUUCCCAGACAGCCCGGCCUCCAAGGCCAUUCGGCGUGUUGUACGCGCUGUUGGCCAGGCGGUCGGAGAAAACCCAGACGAUGUGCUCGCGGUCAACUCAGACUCUUGA